UCUUUCACCCUAUUUAGGUUGCCAGCAAAUCUCAAGAGCUCUCUGAGACUGAGCCUGGGUCCACACGUCCCUCCAGGGUGGCACCGAUGAACUCCUGCAUCGACUUGAGACUGCUGCUGUCUGGGCUCUUCCUGUUUGCGAGGGCCCGGAGCUACAACCUGGAUGUGCGCCGCGCGCAGAGCUUCUCCUCGCCGCAAACCCAGAGGCACUUCGGCUACCGCGUCCUGCAGGUCGGAAAUGGAGUUGUUGUGGGAGCUCCAGGUGAGGGGAACCAAACAGGAAGCCUCUACCAGUGCCAGCCAGGCGAGAGGAGCUGCCUGCUAGUGAACCUGAGUGGUUUGAACUAUACCUCCAAGUACUUGGGAAUGACCUUGGUGACAGACCCGGCAGACGGAAGCCUUUUGGCCUGUGACCCUGGGCUGUCUCGGACGUGUGACCAGAACAGCUAUCUUAGUGGCCUGUGUUACCUCUUCACUCAGAACCUGGAGGGUCCUGUGUUGCAAGGGCGUCCUGCUUACCAGGAAUGUAUAAAGGGCAAGGUUGACCUGGUAUUUCUGUUUGAUGGCUCAAGGAGCUUAGAGGAAAAAGAAUUUUUGAAAAUCGUGGACUUUAUGAAGGAUGUGAUGAAGAAACUCAGCAAUUCUUCCUACCAGUUUGCUGCUGUCCAGUUUUCCUCAUCCUACAAAAUAGAGUUUUCUUUUUUGGAUUAUGUUAAAUUGAAGGACCCUGAUGUUCUACUAGGCAAUGUUACACACAUGCGUCUCGUGACCAACACCUUUGGUGCCAUCAACUAUGUUGCAACACAGGUGUUCCGACCAGAGCUGGGUUCCCGGCCAGACGCUACCAAAGUGCUCAUCAUCAUUACGGAUGGGGAGGCCUCUGACACAGGCACUAUUGAUGCAGCCAAAGAUAUCAUCCGCUAUAUCAUCGGGAUUGGAAAGUAUUUUCAGACCACACAAAGCCAGGAAUCACUCCACAAAUUUGCGUCAGAACCCACGGAGGAGUUUGUAAAGAUCCUGGACACGUUUGAGAAGCUCAAGAAUUUAUUCACUGAGCUGCAAAGGAAGAUCUAUGCCAUUGAGGGCACAAGCAAACAAGACCUGACAUCCUUCAACAUGGAGCUGUCCUCCAGUGGGAUGAGCGCAGACCUCAGCAAGGGCCAUGCGGUCGUGGGGGCAGUUGGAGCAAAGGACUGGUCUGGGGGCUUUCUGGACCUCAAGGCAGACCUGCAGGAUGCUGUGUUUGUUGGGAAUGAACCGCUGACCCCAGAUGUGAGAGCUGGAUACCUGGGUUACACUGUCACCUGGCUGCCCUCACAGAGGUCCACAUCACUGCUGGCAGCCGGCGCACCGCGGUACCAGCAUGUGGGGCGUGUGCUACUGUUCCAAGAGCCAAAGGACAGAGGACAAUGGAGACAGGUCCAAAACAUAGAUGGAACCCAGAUUGGAUCUUAUUUUGGUGGGGAACUCUGUGGCAUUGACAUGGACCAAGAUGGAGAGACAGAGUUGCUGCUGGUUGGAGCCUCACUGUUCUAUGGAGAGCAAAGAGGAGGCCGGGUGUUUAUCUACCAGAGAAAACAGUCCACGUUCCAAAUGGUGUCACAGCUGCAGGGAGACCCUGGAUACCCGCUUGGGCGGUUUGGAGCUGCCAUGGCUGCCCUGAAAGACAUCAACGGGGAUGGGUGGAUGGAUGUGGCUGUGGGAGCCCCUCUGGAGAAGCAGGGAGCCGUGUACAUCUUCAAUGGGCAGCGCGGUGGGCUCAGCACCCAGCCAAGCCAGAGGAUAGAAGGGAGCCAGGUAUUCUCAGGAAUCAAGUGGUUUGGACGCUCCAUCCACGGGGUGAAGGACCUUGGAGGGGACAACCUUGUUGAUGUGGCUGUGGGAGCUGAGGGCCAGGUGAUUGUGCUGAGCUCCCGGCCUGUGGUGGAUAUUGUCCCUGAGCUGUCCUUCUUCCCAGAUGAGAUCCCUGUGCAUGAGGCAGAGUGUUCCUAUUCAGCCAGUCCCAGGAAGAAGGAAGGAGUCAACCUUACCGUCUGUUUCCAGGUUCAGUCUCUCAUGCCCCACUUCCAAGGUCGUCUGCUUGCCAAUCUCACCUACACUCUGCAACUGGAUGGCCAUCGGACCAGGAGCCGGGGGCUGUUCCCAGGAGGGACCCACAAGCUCAGCGGGAAUACAGCUGUCAGCCCAGCCAAAUCCUGCCUGAAGUUCUGGUUUCACUUUCCUGUCUGCAUUCAAGACCUCAUCUCCCCGAUCAGCGUCUCCCUGAAUUUCUCUCUUUUGGAAGAAGGGACUCCAUGGGAUGGAAAAGUGCAGGACAGGGACAUGGAACCCAUCCUGAGACCCUCGCCACACUCAGAGACCAAGGAGAUCCCCUUUGAGAAGAACUGUGGUGAGGACAAGAAGUGUGAGGCAAACCUGAGGCUGUCAUCACCUGCCAGAUCUGGAGUUCUGCCUCUGACUUCCUCUGCCAGCCUUGCUGUGGAGUGGACGCUAAGUAACUCUGGGGAGGAUGCUUACUACGUCCAGCUGGGCUUGAGCUUCCCACUGGGACUCUCCUUCCGCAAGGUGGAGAUGCUCAAGCCACACCGCCAGAUGCCCGUGAGCUGUGAGGAGCUUCCUAAGGAGUCAGAGUUUCUGACCAGGAUGCUGGCAUGUAACGUGAGCUUUCCCAUCUUAAAAGCAGGUGGUUCGGUCAGCGUCCAGGUGAUGUUUCAUACCCUGUUAAACAGCUCCUGGGGGGACUUUGUGGAGCUGAAUGCCACUGCGCACUGUGAGAAUGAGGACUCAGGACUCCUGGAGGACAACUCAGUCACCACCCACAUCCCUGUACUGUACCCCAUCAAUGUCCUCAUCGAAGACCAGGAGAACUCCACCCAGUAUAUCAAUUUCACCCCUAAAGGUCCCAAGAUCCACCAAGUCCAGCACAUCUACCAGGUGAGGAUUCAGCCUUCUGCCUAUGAUCACCAUGUGCCCACCCUGGAAGCCUUGGUUGGGGUACCACAGCCUCACAGCGAUGGGCUUAUCACACACACAUGGACAGUGCAGAUGGAGCCUCCUGUCACUUGCUACCGUGAAGACCUAAACAGACGGCCCAGUGCAGCUGAGCCCUGUCUUCCUGGAGUCCAGUUCCUCUGCCCCAUUGACUUCAGGCAAGAGAUCCUCAUCCAAGUGAUCGGGACGGUGGAGCUCCUGGAGGAGAUCAAGGCCUCCUCCAUGCACAGCCUCUGCACCUCACUCUCCAUCUCCUUCAAUAGCAGCAGGCACUUUCACCUGUAUGGCAGCAACACCUCCCUGGCCCAGGUCCUCAUGAAGGUGGAUGUGGUAUACGAGAAGGAGAUGCUCUAUCUGUACGUGCUCAGUGGCUGUGGGGGUCUGCUGCUGCUGCUGCUCAUUUUCAUUGCACUCUACAAGGUCGGCUUCUUCAAGCGGAACCUGAAGGAGAAGAUGGAGGCUGAUGGAAGUGUGCCAAACGGAAUCCCUGGUGAAGACCAUGGGCCUCUGGUAGCACCUAGGGAAGAGGCCAAGGACCUGGGCACUCUAGAGCCCAUCCACCCAGAUGAGGCCCAGGGUGGAAGUGACAAUGACUAAGACCUAGGCCUGAUGCAUUGAGCGCCUGGGACUGGACUUGAAAUACCUGGUUUAAUCAGCCUAACUCAGCCUGUGUCUUCUUAGCACAUCCUGCUCUCCCUCAGCCUUAGUUUACCUCUCAAGCACAGCGCUCAUUGCUACCUUCCUCAUCUGAAGGCACAUGGUACGAAUCUGCUGAGGGAGGGGCCGGGAGGGUCACAGAGCUGAGGUGUAACUACCAGGUUGUCCUGCCUUCUGCUAACCUGCCUUGGUCUUCUCCUCUGAUUUCAAAUUGAAGAAACUAUAGUCUCGGGACCCAGUGAGACUAGCCUCCUCAUUUGUCCUUGGGUGUGUCUAGGUGCCUUAGGCUCUCCUAUCUAUCUGCCUCGGCCUCUCUACUGCCUGGAGUCCAGCCCACCCCUCUCCUCCCCCCACUCUGUAGCGCCAGACAAUAAAUCUCAUGUGUGUCACUGUCCUGCUGCUGCAGACACCUGGUUCUGUGGUCAAAGACCAGAUUUCUAAAUAAGUCUUUCAAGACCCGGCAAAACUGGGCCCUUGUGGUCCUUCUCAGCCUGUCCUGGAGAAGAGCCACUUCUGUUUUCAGGACCCAGACUCCUUCCUAUGCCUCUGUCUUUGUCCAGAUGUCCUCCUCUGCCUAGAACAUUACUGCCCCCUUCUUUUCUGGCUCACUGUCUCCCAGACCCCCACCCCACCCCCAGCCGUCAGACCUAGCACUCACCCAUUUCCUCCUAGCUCGGUGGUAUUCCCAUCAUGACCAUACCUAUGCUGAAUUUACCUCUCUCAUCCCCAAGGUUGUAUUUCCUCACUGUUUGGUGAUUUAUUUAAUUUCUGAUUCUCAACCGGGGAGCUCCAUAAGAGUAGGGCAUCUGUCCUGCUCACCUUGGUUUCACUGGUAGCAUCCAGGGUGAGGCAUGUAGUGGGUGCCUGACAGUUUCACUGACUUAAUGAUAGAGCCCAUGGUAGGUAUAGAGUAAGUUUGGGUGAGCCCUCAGCAUUGUACCCCUCCAGGCUCAGCCUUCUCAGGCUCCUUCACAGCUUGUCCACCACCCCUCCCUGCAAGGUGAGCUUAGGGUGGGGACAAUCUAUCCAGGUAGAACUCCAACACCAAGCACAUGCUUGCAUACCUUUUUCCAAUAAAUGUGAAAAUCCAUCCAGU